CGGUGAUUCACGAUGCGACGAAAAUGCCACGCCGCGUCUACGUGUUAUGAAACGUAGACGCGGUUUCCCUACACGCACGCCAGGGGCCGCCAGCCACACCGUCGACCCGAUAGAGUAAAACAUUUACUCUAUGGCCGACGCACGCUGCAGAUUAGGUAUACCGGCCUCACGACAACGCAUCGGCUAUGUGUGCAAACCGAUGACAUAGCCCGGGCGGCCUCGUGACGUCACGGGCCGGCAGCCGCAGCAGUAGUAGACGUAGUAGCAGUGGUAGUACAGCUGCUGCUCUCGAUCCAACCGCCGACCGCGCGCGCGUCAAUGUUCUGUACACGACAAUAAAUAAUAAUUCAGUUUAUACGUUGUCGGCAUUCAACCACUGCACGCAACGCGGGCGCACGGUUAUUCUCACUUCAAUUUCGUUCCAGCCGCGUAUCGGGACGGUCGUUCGCGUCCUCCGUGUUUUUACACUCGUUUCCUCGGAAAAAUUACAGCGAUUGAUCGCGUGUAAUAAUCAAUAAUAUUUUAAUUUGUGUUAAUUACGCGAUAGUUUACAAAAGAAAAAAAGUUUUCUUGUUGUACUUGUAUUUGUUCCCCGCCACACACUUCGGACGGUAUAGUCGGACCGUCGCGAUCACGGCGUUUCCAAAGGCCACAUACUAAGAUCUGUACAAUAAUCUAUCGUAACAGUAUUCUCGUAUUAUAAAACGUCGUCGACUCGUUGUCUGUCUGUCCGGUUUCAGGUACUUAUUUACCUACACUAGCCUAUCGGGAGUCUACUGAUUUACCGGCGGCGUCACCGUACGCGUUUUGCUGUUUGAUGUUCGACAGGUCAAAGCGUUUCGUGGCCAACGUAUCGUUCGUCCGACGGAUGAACAUCGUCAAGACCAAGAAUUUCGUCAUCUCCGCGGCCGUACGCUUGUACAAAGUGGUCGCGGCCAAGAUGGGUGUAAACAACGUCGACAAACAGGUACGUGUAAUGUGGCGGCGCGGCAUGCUGGCCGAGGGCGGACGUUUCGCGGGCAAAAUGUUCCCGUUCGACACUCGGCGCGAAUUUUGAGAACCUUCGGCUCCGUGCUCCCACCCCCCGAUAUUGUAAAAUUGCCGGCGUUGUCCAUUGGUUAUCAAUGGACAACGGCACUGCAAUUGUAGACGUGCGUGCGCCUUUCCGCACGUCAACGGUCUCGUUUCUCGUCGAAUUAUCUUCGAUGUUUUUUUGUUUUUACUUUCGGUUUAGUACUCCGAUAUAGUCGGGUUUAUUUAUUUAUUACUUAUUAGUUAUUAUUAGGAACUGUUGAUAACUUAUCGAUUCGUGGAGUUGCUACGGGACGGCAGCGGCUGCGUAAUCAGGUCCACUGAGAUAUGUAGGUAAUAAAUUAGGCUGACGAUAAAAAAAAAAAAAAAAACACGUCAUUAUGACCCUAGAUUGUUUGUCGACAUUUUUCCAUUCGUACGUACGUCGUCUCUAUGCCAAUCCGUUGAUUUUUAUGUGAAAGUGUCAUUCAAAACUAUGUGACCUAAUUUCGAUUGAAAAUUCCAAUAUAUUCGCUAAUCACGCGUAGACGUCAAACGUCAAAACUUGCAUUAUGUCGUAUUACCCAUGUGUGCGCAGUGCGGAUAAUCCAAUAAUAUUUUAAAAUGCAUUUUUAAAUCUAUAGGUAGUACAGGCAUAGAUUUAAUAUUUAAUUUACGGUAUAUAUAGGUAUUCUUUUCGGAUUUCCUUUUUUUUUUUUCACAACAGCAAUACUAGGUCUAAUAUUUAUACCGUUUGUUGGAAUUUACGUACAUUUAAAGUAUAAAAAAUCCCCUCGAUCCCCGGUGUGUAUACAAAUUUUAAUACCUAGUUUCCUAUAAGUACUUAUUGGUAGGUAGAUAUAUUUAAACGAUCAUUGAUUCAUUUUAUUACCUAUCUACGGAUUAAACGGCUGAACAUAAUAUUUGAUUACCUUAUCGAAUAGGUAGUAUAAGUAACCACUUAGGUCGUAACAAAAUUCCCGAGUUCAACUAUCGUAACGAGGAAAUAAUAAAUAUGAUUAGGUAUUAUGACUGACGUGUUUAUUGAUGUAAAAUAUGCGUGUAUUUUUACAUUUUAAUAUUUUGACAGUUUUGUAUUAUUAUUUAUGUAUUACUUAUUACGUCGAACGCGAAUUCGAUGACAUGCAAUAUAAAUUUAAACUAUUUCAUUCGCUGUAAAUAGUCUCGCUCUGCGCUUUCUCAUUGUUAUUAUCGUUGCCGAUAGACGUUUGCUGUUGGCACUUUCAAUACGUCUGGCAAGACUUUUUAAGUAGGUAGCGUUUAAUAGGUACUAAUUUCGAUUUGCUGCAAGGCCGCUGUUAUGGUAUAGGUACUGCGGAUAACUGUAGGUCAGUUAUAUAAGCGGAAAAUCAAUUACUUUCUAGUGUGAAUUUAAUGUGUUAAAAGAAAAAAAAACCAACUUUGACAAAUAUAUACAUAUAUAUAUAAAAAAAAUAACUAAUGCUCUUAACAAAUUUGAUAACAAUACACACAUAUUAUAUGGAAUACCCUCAUUGCCCCUCCCCACAUGUACGCCGCUGUAGCUAACAUUAUCAUAAUACUUAUCUAUUGAUAAUCAUUUCGUGUCGAAAAUUUACGAAAAAAUAAAGUACCUAAUUAAAAACGCCAAGAGUUAUUUAAUAUUUCACUCGAUAUUUAUUAUUGAAAAAUGAAAUAGAAAAAAAAUCGAACAUAUAAUUAAUAAUAAUUCUGAAUAUAAUAAUAUUUGUAUUGUCGUAAAUUUGUCCGUUAUUCCUACAAGUUUUAUCGUUCCGUUCAGAGUUUUAAAAAAAAUGCAUCCGCUCUAAAUUCAUUUAAAAUUAAAAAAAAAAAAAAAAAUAAACACAUACGUUUAAAUUACACCUGUAUGUUUAUAGAUGUAAUCACCUAUAAUAUUAUAUUAUCAUGAACUAGGUCGAAGGCUUUUUUGUUAUUUAACUGUACACUACAAUAAUUCAUAAUAUUUACCUAAGCACGGUUUUGACAGGGAAAUUAGAAGGGAGGAUGUAUACUAUGAAGUAAUUCGAUUUAUAUCUGUAUGCAAUAAUAAACCGUUGCUAUCGAAUAACGAUUCUCAGUAGAGUAUAAUUAGUCGCAUUUUAGAUUCUAAGCACAAAAUACUUAUUAUUUCACAUUUUUUCGAUUUGGUUUUUCUAACAGAAAUCUUACACCGAAAGUCAAAUUUAGCAUCUUUUUCGAAAUGACAAAAAUAACAGAAAAUGUUUUUCUUUAGUUUUCCGUGAAGUUAUCUUAAUAAUCGGAAAAAAAAAACGUAUAACCGGGUAACGUUAAGUGAACCUCGUGCAAGUUGUAUUUGGUAAUCGAUAAAAAAAAAGUUAAGCGUAAUGUAGUUUUUUUCAUAACCGUGUUAUAAGUUUAAAUUUUGACAAAAAUCAUAAAAAUUACGGCACUUCAAAACUUAUUUAACCGAACUAAGUUCAGAGUGUUAUUUCAUCCGCAAUGAUUUAUUUGUUUUACAAGAACAAAUAAAUGGAUUAACAUUAUUGAUAGGUAUUUUCAAAUAAUUUUUAUUAUCGAUAGUUUAUUCAAACUACCUAAUAUUUUUUUCCAUGACCAAAUAUAAAAUAUUCGGGAACACAAUCAAAUAUUUCGAAUAGUUUUUCUCUUAAAGAAUCCUUCUUCGACUUUACGUCUUUCUUCUAUAGUCUCUUUUAGUUUAGUCAAACUAUUCUAAUACGUUUUAAUCUGCCUAUAGAAUAGAUAGAAAAUGUCCAAUCAUUGAAUAGUUUGAUACUAACUAUUCGGUUGUGUCCUUCACUACUCGUAGUUAAUAUUAUAAUAAAUUAUAAGUUAUUACGGAUAUUAUUGUGCAUAAUACUGAAAAAUCAAAAUAAAAAGUGUUAACGAAUCGUCGUAAAUAAAGUGGCUGAUACUGCUGACAACGAUUGACACGUCCGCAGUUAAUUCCAAUAUUAAUUCUUAAUUAUUACAUUAUCUAAUAAUGUUAUGUUCAAUACGCCAAUCAAAAUAGUUUUAAAUUUAUCCAUUGAAAUUUUAUUGAACUUUCAGUUUGUUAUACGUAUAUACGGAAUGAAUUUGUUUCUUAAAAUAGACCCGUAAUACAUUUAUUACCAUUACACAUAUUAUUCGUAAUUUUAGAGUGAUUACUAUGAUGAGUGAAAAUGUUGUCUAGUUCGUAUGAAAAAAGAAAAUCAAAAAUGAUAAAAUCAUUAUACUUGAUAUUAUUUAUUUGAUUGCUCUAACGCACGUCAAGUCCACAACACGAGAUAAUAACAACGUUUUUAAAUGUAUGCGGUGUAAUAAUAAAUUUAAUUAAUAAUAAUAAUAUUAAUAUUAUUAUUAUUAUAACACAUAAUUUAUUUAAACAAAUGAUUGUUAAAAUAUAAUAACAAUACAAUAUUAAUCACGAGUAAAAAUUAUUAAUAUACGUUUAUUUUAUUUUGACAACCAAAUUAUAAAAAUAAUAUGAAUAACUAUGUAAUAACUAUUAACUAUGUAAUAACAUAAUAAAUAAAAACAAAAUUAUUAAAAUGAUUAAUACUCAUAAAUAAAUUAAAUAAAUAUAUAAAUGAAAAAUAAAAUUAAUUAAUUAAUGAAUGUGUCACCUGAACAAUAAUAUAAAUAAUAUAAAAAUCGCUUUUAAGACUAACAAUAAUUUAAUCAAACAUACAAAUAAUAGAACUAAAAACUUAUCUUCCUUUUUAAAAAUGCAGGUAUAUAUAAAAUUAACUAUAACUGUAAUAAAUUUUACAUAGGUAAAUAGAAAUUUUAAAAUAAAAUUUAAAAAAGACUGCCUCUAAUUCAAAUUUCGCUAAACAUGUUUUAGAAAACAACUAUAGUAUAAGUUUUGAUAUUAAUACCGAAACCGAUCGUAUAAUACUUCACACGAUGCAUUUGAUUCAUUUAUUUAUUUUAUUUUUUAUUUAUAUAUUUAUUAACUAUAUUUACUUAUUUUAUAUAAUAACUAUGUUUCGUACUAUAGAAAUAGUUUAAUAUGUUUUUGUAGAAAUUAAUUUCAUUUUUUUUAUUCUGAUUGUAGCAAAAAAGGUAUUAAUUUUAUGAAGAUGUAUGUGUUUUUUUCUCAUAUAUUUCUCACAUCUUUGGUAUAAAUGCUCCGGUUUUAUUUCACGGUAUAGCUUAAAAUAUGCAGAUUAUUCGCCUGGUGGUACUUUUUUUAACACUAUUAGUUACAAACAUUAAUUAUCCACUAAGAAAUAAUAGUUAAUAUUAUGAAUAAAACUAUAGCGAACAAAGAAAGAAGAAAAAUAAAAUAUUAAAUCAUUAACCCAGUAUAAUUGGUGAAUAAAAUAAUUGAUAAGACUAUAGGAGGUAGUUUUAAAAAAGAAUCAAUUGUGUAUUAUAGGAGAUAUAUAAGGCAUAUUUAAAAAUGAUUUACUAAGGCAGAGAGAGCAUUACGUUGGGUUAGGAGAAGAACAAUGAAAUAGAAUGUGGGAAAUAUCACAAAUCGCGAUUCGGAGGUGUGGAGAAUAUAAAUAGAAGAGUUAUUAAGGGAAAGUUGGUAAGAAUAGAAUGGGAUUAUGGUAUGGCCUAGUCUAAGGUGAGAGAAAGAGGAAAUUGUUUUCCUACUAAGAUUUAAUUGUGAAACCAAGGUUUGGGUGUUAUAGUAGGGAAAAUGUUCCUAUACCAGGUAUCAAAAUUAGAAGGCAAAACUCGACCAUUGAUUAAACUAUAUUCGGUCAAUGUGAGAUUUGAAUAUUAAACAAAAAUUAUUCCAAGGAAUAAGAGAGGGUGAUGGGCUGAGUAGAAAGGAGGUAGAUUUAGUCAAAGAAUCAAUUGAACAAUUAUUCAAAAUUCUCGAUACUUUUUUCAAAAAAUUGCAUUCAAAAUGUUGUAAACACUUUUUGGUUAUGCAAAUGCUUUAUUGUUUUACAUUGUUCAUUUAAAAGAUGCGGAAUUUCUGCCGAAUAGUACUAAUUACCUAUCUACAACAGUGGCCAGUACCAAGAGCCUACCUAUGUAUAUGUGUUAUUUGUAUAGUAAAUAGAUGUUAUUAAUGGAAAUCAAAAAUCAUUUUUUUUCUAUUCAAAGUUUAAAUUUUAAAUUUAUUCCCUUAAGGGAAUUCAAAAUUUAAAAGUUUAGCUUCGAGAUCAUGUCAAUCCUUCAUCAAUGUCGAUAGGUGACCUAACAUGGGUGUUUGGAAUAAUUCGAUUUUUUACGUGCCAUAGAUUUGGCUGUAUAACACAUAGUAUAUACAUUUUUUUUUACUCUCUUCAUUAUCAUAAUUUUAAAAAAUUAUCCUUUUUAGUUUAUAAAUUAUUCGACUAAUAUGAGGAACAUGGGAGACGAGAAAACUUUGGAAAAUCAAGAAUCGGGAAGGUAAAACUUGGAAAAUAAAAACUAGGAAAGCAAAAUUUAGAAAAUCAAAUUUAUAAAUCAAUUAAAAAUUUAGUCGCUGUCAUGCAAAAAGUGACCAAGUGCUGCCGAAACAUGUUUAAAUUUCAUAUUUAAUACCUGUAUGUCUUAUAAAAAGUGUCCCAGGUGAUGUCAUACAUAGUUUAGGAAAUUUUUCUAAGUUUUUAAGUACAUAAUUCAUGAUUAAUAUCAAAAUUUAAAUUUCUUAGAAUUAAAACACUAUAUUCGGUAAUGAUACCCAUAUUAUUACCGUUAACGGGACAUUAUUGUUGCUUUCGUGUUUUUCUGAUCUUUAAUUUUCCAUUUUAUUCCACGAGUUGUGCGAAAUACGUUUAAAAUUUUCAAUUUUUUCGUGAUAAACUGUUAACUACACAGAUAGAUCUAUCCUGAGUGUUAAAAUAAUGUUUUUUUUUUUUUCACUGCGUUUUGAUUUUACUCAAAGAUUUCCUGUACUUUUCGCACAAGGUGUUUAUCUUUUUGAAUAAUUUAUCAGCUAACAAAAGGGGUUCAGGAUUUUAAACGGGUUUUAGGAAGAGCGAGUAUUAUUUUAUUUAUUGGUAAAAAUCGAUUGUUUUUGUACUCUUUCUGUUAUGCUUUCUAUGAUUCAUAAUACUGCGACUCUUUAUUUAUAGAAAUAAUCUAAAUUAUCUUUACUCGUAUUAAUUAUUAUAAUAGGUGUAUAGUAUAAUGGAAUCGCUUCAAAUUAAUUUUAAUUUUUGUUUUUAAAUAAUAGGUAAAAAAAAAAUAAUAAUAAUAAAGUAGUGUGACGUGGAUUUUAUAAUUACUAAGAUAUUUAAAUAUUAUCCAUUGAUUUUAUUGUAUCGACUUAUUUAUAUUGCAUUUGCAUUAAUCUAUUAAUAAUAUUAUAAUUCAAUAUUUUACGUAUAUAAAAACCGUAUCUAUUAAUCAAAGUGUACCCUGUUAACUUAUACGAUGUUCUUUAUUUUAAUAUAUUUAUGCCAUUUUCUAAUUAUACAUCUGCCCGUGAAAUUCAAAACUUUUAUAGAAAGAUUAUAAAUAACAGUUAAUUUAUAUAAAUAUAUUUGUAAGCAUAUAAUUUGUUUAGUAUAAUAUUUGGUUCAUAUUCUCGGUGUUCAAAAACUAUUUUCUAUAAUUCAUGGAAUCUAGUAAUAGUUCUCCGAAUUUCAACAUGACGUAUAUAAAAUGUAGAUAAAUUUUGUAGUUUGGCCAUUAAUUAUUUAUUCCCAUGCCUAUUUAUCAUAGAUAAUUUACAUAGUAUUAAUUUGUCACCUAUUUGCUAUUAUAUAAGUCAUCUAUAUUGUUAUUAUGCAUUGUAUUUCUAGUUUUGAUAAAUUAUUUAUUUUCGAUCUAUUUCUUAAAAUAUUUAGUUGACAUGUAUUUAUGAAGAAAAUAAUAAAACCUGGUUAUUAGUUUAAAAUGCCCAAAUUGGGUAAACAAUAUAAUACGUUUGGAGUUCAUUCAGAAUUUAUUUUUGGACUUGCUCCAAUAAUUUUCUUCCUCUUACGAAUAAUAGUAGAUACGCAGCUCAGAUACGAUUAAUUUUUUGAAUUAUGUUUUUUUUUCUAUCAACAACUUUUCUACCAGAAAUCUUUCUCCGAUAUUCAAGUGUAAAAUUUUUCUGAAAGCAAAUUUCAUCUAGUUGAUGCGUUAAGAAAAUAAUUUUUUUCAUAGUUUUCUUAAUAAUUGGGAAAACAGAACGAAUUAAGCAAUAAAAGUUAUUGUUAUUUUCCAUUUUUUUUUUUUUUUUUUGUUUUAUUCAGUUAAACAUAAUUUUAAACACUAAAUGUUUAUAAAAUACUUAUAUUAGCCUUUUUUAAACGCGGAAAAAUGUUCAAAACAAUCUGACUAUUUUAAAGCGUUUUAUAAUUAUUUGUCAUUUUUGAGAAAUUUGUUUGCUUUAUGUGAAUAUAAUUGUAAUAUAAUCUAAACGAUUAGAAAUGCCUGAAAAUUUAAGAAAAAGUUUAUCAUAGGUUGUACUUAGUGACAAAAUAGAAAUUGAGCGUAUGUACCUUUUUAUGUAGUUUUUUUUCAUAAACGUUUUAAGUUCAAAUUUUGACGAAAAAUCCUAACUCAAGGCAUUUCAAAACAUGUUUAGCAGUAUUAGUAAUGAUUUAUCGUAUGUUAUACUGAUGCUAAUUGAGUAAUUUUAUAUUAUUUUGACAUACACGUCUGGUCAUUCUACAUCAUGAUGCAAUAUUUUAAAUUAUUAACAAUAUUGAUAUAUUUUUAUUUCCUAAAAUGGCAAUGGUCUUUUGCAUAAAUACGGCAUUUUUCAAUAAUAUUAUAACAAGUAAGUAACAUAAUAUACCAAUUUAUACUUAUACUAUCAGAUAAAAAAAAAAAAAUUUCGUUUACAAUUAAUGGUAAAUUUUUGAAAACAAUUAUACAAUAUACCUACUUAAUUGCAUGUACAACUCAAUAUUUCUAUUACCUACGUGAUAAAUGAUAUUAUAGUUAUUUAAUUAUAUAUUUUACAAAAUACAAUUGUCUCAUGGUACAUUGCCAAAUUUAUGUAACUAUUAUACGUGUAAUUAUUAAGAAAGAAUCGAAAUAAUUUUAAAUUUUAUUUUAUGCCGUCAAUUAAGUUUGCUUAUAACACUGAUGAAAAUGAAUUAUUUCGUUAAUAGGUGAACAUACUAUAAAUAGCCUUUGAACUAUAUAUUUUUUAUCUUGGUUUUUCAUUUAAAACCUACUUUGGUAGUAACCUAACAGUGAUAGACCUUAAUAUGUUAUAGGUACCUAUCUAUUUUUUCAAAGUAGGCGUUUAAAUUUAAAAUUAUUAUUAAUUAUAAUAUAUUUACAAUAUUUCACCGGGAUAUAUUAUCUAGUCCAAAUCAAUUUUCGUUAAUUAUUAUAAAAUAUUAUGCAUGAUAUUUUACAAAAUUCGUAUUAUUUUUGUUUUUAUUACCUAUAAUCGCGGUUUAUCUAUAUUAUUUAACUGAAAAAAUAACUACAUGAGUAGUGCGUCUAUUUGUAUUAUAAUAAUUAUACCUUUAUUUUUUAAUAAACUUCAUAAAAUAUGAUAUUUUUGUUUUAUAGAAUCUUGUGCAGUAUAACGACAUGUUUGAGAUGGCGACUAGACUGUGCCGGGGAUAUUUACAAGGCCCCUGGAAGAAAAUUACUGUUAAGGAUAUAUCUGUGAAACGAAUCAGGUAAAUAAUUGUAGCAUACAAUUAUAGUAGUAUAAGAAUAUAGUUUUUCGAAUAGGUUUCGUUUUAAACAAUAAAAUGUAUACGUUUAAGUUGUUGGUAUAUUAAAUUUAGUUACCAUCGUUCAUCAAUAACACAUUAUUGAUUUUUCCAAUUAAAAAGUAAAGAAAUUUGAAUUUAAAAAUAAGUAGUCAUAUAAAUAAUAGAUACUAAAAAAAAUUAAAGGCAAAUCUUUCUGAUCUCCCCUCUUAAAUACGCCACUGUUAGUGUACAUAUAGACGGGGUUGAAUUUAUGUGUUAUAGUUUUUACUUGUAUUUUAUUUUUCGUAAAUUCAAUAACUUCUUAAUAAAUCUAUAUAAAAUAUUAUGGUAAUUACGUUUAAAAAUUAAAUUAAAAGUAUUGCAGUUUUUAAUGAAGUAAUUUUAAUAUUAUUACAUUAUCGUAAAAAUUUAGUAAAUCGUUGAUUUUAUAUAGUGAUGUGUCCAGGAAUUUUCAGUAAGAUAGGAUGUAGCAAAUAUUAUUUAUAAGUAAAUCGUAGAAUCUUAUUCUUCUUUAUCCAACUCGACAAAUGGGAAUUAAAAAGCCGGAACCAAAUAAAACAAUUAUUUAAUAAAUAAAUCAAGCUUUUCCUUUUCCUCGUAACUUGACUGAAAUUUAUGUAUAUGUUUUAAGAUUAAAUUAUUAAAUAAAUAGUUACUCGGAGUUGUAUUAAAAAGCUAACUAGUGUAGGAUUUGUCUCCUAACUUUCCUCCCCAUUUGCACGUCACUGAUUUUAUAAAUUACAAAUGAGCUAUAUUCUGUUGUUGAGAUUGGAAUUGAACGAAGAUGGUUUAACCGUAUCUAGUCUAAUAAAAUCAAUGGGUUUAUUUUUUAAAAUAUAUGAAGUGAUAUUUAUUUGUUAUUACGCAUCGUCUAAUAUUUAUACAAAAUAUGCAUGUUUGUUUUUAAUAAUAUAAUACAGUGAAUUGUAAUAAAUUUGUUUUGUUUUUUUAAUAUACUUAAACAUUUUUCGAAGGUUAAUGCAAUUUCAUGUUUGAAUAUAUAUGAAAAAACAAUUACGGUUAUGAAUAUUUACCACGCGAGUUUUUGGCCGAAAUUGUAGUUACCCAAAACAGUAUUAUAUGAGUUUUAAUAUACAAAUGAAAAUUGUUGCUUGGCACGGGUAGUAAAUUUUGUUUGCCCGGCGGCGAGUAUGUAGACGACGGUGGAUAUUCACGAGGUUUCCGUCCUUCGUCCACGUGGUUUUCGUGUAGUUAUCGAUUGGGGAGGAAGAUUAUGAGCCCGAAGCCGAGCGAUUUGCCCGAGACGCAAUAACCGGCGCGCCGCAAUAACAAUACUGCGUUUUUGUGUGUCGUGACGUUCCGAAUAAAUUACGACAAAAACAAAAAAUAUUUUUGUCCAACGAUCGUUGAACACGCCAACAUACAAUUUUCAAAUAUGUAUGCGUCAUAUACAAAAUUAUACGAAUGAAUAAUGUUAUUUUAUAAUAGUGAAAUACCGUUUGGACUGCGUAUUUAGCUUUUUACGUUCCUUAGACUAAUUUUUUUUUAGUCACUCCCUCUAGAAUAGUAGUUCUCAAUUUUGUUUUAUGUAUGGUUCUUUAAUUCAAUAAUUUUUUUUUUUAUAUAUAAAUACAAUAGAUAUCAAUAUUAUUCAUUAAUUCGUUAUUAUUUUUUUCCAAAUUUGCCACCCCUUCCCCGAAAUUUUCGCCCUAGGCCUACAUAGCUUGACGUUAAACACGUUACUGAUUAUUAUUAUAUGCAGCUCAACGGUUGACAAACUGGGUUUUAAAAUAUUUUUUUUUAAAUGCGAUCAAUAAAAAAAAAAGUCGUGAAAUAUUAUUGCGUUAGAUUAGGAAACCGUAUCGUUGUUGAAACAUGUGAUGGAUCACGUGAACAGCAAUAAAUUUUAUACGAUUUUCAUUUACCUAUUUCUCUUCAAUAAUUGUGCUUGUUAACCGCGUGCAGUACCAUUUAAAAAUUAAUUUUAUUAUACAUAAAUACUUAAAAAAUCAAAAGAACAUCUAUUAAUAUUAUUAAAUUUACAUCGAGCAGUUAAAAUGAAAAAAAUACGUUCAAAAUCGAAAUAACAAUUUUAACUACAAUUUGUAUUAUUAAAAAAUUAAUGUAUUACAUGUGAACUGUUUUAGCUUGUAUUUUAUUAAUGAUAAAUACAAAUACCAGAUUAGAAAAAAACAAUUGAUAAAUUUAAUUGACCCUAAUGACGAACCGAACAGUGUUCCAGAACUCGUAAUUGUUAUAAUAUAUUAGAGGCAGUAAAUUAAUAAAAAUAAAAAUAUUACAUAUUAAGUUUGAACAACUAAAAAAUUACUUAAAUAUUCGUUAAAUAGUUAAAUUAUAUAUUUUCGUUUCUAUUCGAUUGUAAAAACCGAUAUUAUAUUUAUAUGUAUAUAUAUUAGCGAUUUUAAUUUUAAAUAAUGAAAAAUGGAGGGAAUUACAAACUGAGUAAAUCGUAUUAUCAUAUUAUACCAUUGUUUUUUUUUUUUUUAGAAAACUUAAAUUAUUAUUACUCUUAAAUGUAUUAUAUUAAAAGUUACAUUUUAAUGACCAGAUUGAAAAAAGAAGAAUUUUAGUAUUUUUAAGGAUAUUAUGAAAUAACUAUUUACGUUUUUUUAGUAUGUUAAUGUAGGACUUGGGUACUUGAAUGUUCGAAAUGUAUUGUAUCUAAAAUUCUAAACUAUAAAACAAAACACAGGAAUAAAAAUAAAACAAUGUUCAAACUUUAUCUUUUUAGUUAUUCAUAAUACAAUAUCAAAUAUAAAGGCGAACAAGUAUUUAAAAAAAACCCAAGUAAGAUUGUACCUCUUAUUGAUUUAUAACUUUAUAUUUUUUAAAACUAAAGAUCUUGUAUCACACAUAAAUGGUAUAUGAACAAAUUAGGUUUAUUUUUUUAGUCUAUAAUUAUUGCAAACAACGUGCAUUUCAUAAAAAAUUAUUUUAUAGAAUAAUUUUGUUUUUUCCAGUGGUGGGUUGAGUAAUUGGCUUUAUCGAGUAACAUUGCUAAAAGGUAAUGCUGAACCCCGUGAUGUUUUAAUGAGACUAUAUGGUCAAACACACGGCGAGAAUGCUAUUGAAAAUAUAAUCACAGAGUCUGUAAUAUUCACAUUGUUGUCAGAACGAGGUUUGGGGCCUAAGUUACAUGGAAUAUUCCCUGGAGGUCGUCUUGAAGAAUACAUUCCGGUAAGCUCAUUCACCUUCAAUAACAUAUUUUGUAGAUAUGUGAUUUUUAAUUGAACUGGAUCAUUUAAUUGUAUACCUAUGCAUUUUGCCAUGAAAAAAAAAAAAAAAUAUAUAUAUAUAUAUCCACUACCUCGUCUUCAUUAUAAAACUUAAAUUAUUGCUAUAUUUUCCUUUUUUUUUUAUUAUUAAAAAUUAUUUUGUUUUUUACAAAAAAUUAUAUCAGUAUCUAUUUAUUAUUAUUUAAAUUUUGAUUAAUAUCUAACACGGAUGUAAAACUUAUUUUUAAAAUGUAUACAAAUAUAAUAAUUUUCAAUUGUCACAGUUCUGAUUUCAUUACAGUGAGCAGAAACAACAUUACAUUUGUAUAGCUUUAGAUUUAAGUAUAUUCUAUUUCUACUCCCCCUUAAACAUUAGAAAAUUAAUUAUUAGUAAUUUCCACAAUGAUAUUAAUGUGGAACAGCUUAAAAGUAAAAUUUUAAGUAUUCUAAGUCAUCAUUAAUUCAACUAUAAUAAACUUUUUUAUUAUCCAUGUAUUUAAUAAUUAUUUUUUUUAUUUAAAUUAAAAUUAAUAUUAAAAAUAUAACAAAUAAGCAAAAUAAAUAUUUUUCAGUUAAUACAAAUUAAUUCUUAGUUGUCAUAUUUAUUAUACAUGUAUAUAUUAAAAUUGACAACAAUAUAAAUACCACUAGUAAUUUUUUUAUUAAAUAUUUUUAAAAAUUGAAUACGUUAUAAAAUAAAAAGGUUUAUAAAAACAUAUUUAAUUUAUUUCAAGUAAACUCUCAAGAUAAAGAAUAUUCUUCUUUUACACCCUUAAUAACAUAAGAUCUAAUAUUACUGAGUUAAAUUUUUAGAUAGUUUUUAUUUUGUGGCUCCUUGCCAAAUGGCUGUAGAUAUAAAUAAAAUGUUUCUUUCAAUGUAGACUAUUUAAAAAUUUAAGGCCACUGCCGUCGUUUUACCAGUACUCAUCAUUGUGGUUUUAAUGAACAAAACAAUCCAUACCUAUUUGUAUACCUAUAUAUAUAUAUACAAUAUAUAAUAUGUAUAUAUAUAUAGCAACAUGUUUGAAUGACAUUGACAUAACAUAUUCUAUCGGCUUUUGGAUAUAAUGCUAUUGUUCCAAAAGUCGAACAUAAAUUUCAGACUCGUGGGUCAAGUCCAUCAAUAUACAAACUAUGAUGUUAAUCAUAGCUGAUCAGUAAGUUAAGCUUUGAGUACAUUAAAAUGCUAAGCACUUGAUAGGAUUAUUUACUGAAAUUAACCCUAAUGUAUAAAAUGUAUUUUUUUUUUUUAAUCUAGGACAAAAAGUCCUAAAACAAGUACACAAAAUAAUUAAACAACCGAUACUUAGAUUUCAUACAGAAGUGAACUCUUAUUGAACAACAUAAGUUUACAAUUUAAUAAAGUAAUUAAUGUAUAUAUAUGUCUAUAAAAAUUUACAGGCUCGGUCAUUAAAAUGUGAAGAGUUGAGCGAUCCAAAAUUAAGCCUUAUGAUUGCAGAAAAAAUGGCCGAUUUACACCAGCUUAGCAUUCCAAUCAAUAAAGACUCAAUAUGGCUAUGGGAUACCAUGGAUAGGUGGUUACAACAGUCUUUAAAAGAUGUCAAUUUGUCAUUUGAAAAUUUAGGGCUUGAACUAUCUUCACCAACCAUAAAUCUCUGCGAUGAAGCUCGUUGGCUUAAGUAUGAAUAUACUUUAUGUUUUAUUCAAUUUUACAAUAAUCAUAAAACUAUUCUAAAAUAAUAAUUUUGUAUGAUUUUAGAAAACAUUUGACUAAACUGAGGUCUCCUGUUGUGUUCUGUCAUAAUGAUUUACAAGAGGGUAAUAUUUUAAUGCAGGAAAAACACUGUGGUCUGUCAUUAUGCCUGAUUGAUUAUGAAUAUUGUGCGUACAAUUAUCGUGGUUUUGAUAUUGCUAAUCACUUUGUAGAAUGGACAUAUGAUUACACAAAUCCCAUAUAUCCACAUUAUUCAGUCAAUCGAGAAUUGUUUCCAACAAGAGAUCAACAAGUAAAGAUUUAUUUAGUUGUUUAGUACGAUUUUCCAUGUUAUAAAUUGUUAUUUAUUUCUUAUGGCAGAUUGCAUUUUUGAAGCGAUAUUCUCAGUGUAUGGGACAUGCGGAAUCAAUAGACAUAAUACUUGAUGAAGUACAACAUUUCAUUUUGGCAUCACAUUUGUUUUGGGGUAUAUGGAGUGUUGUUAACAGUCGGAUGUCAAAAAUUACUUUUGGAUACAGGGUAUAUAUUUGUCUAUAUUUCAUUUUAUUUUUAAAUAAACUUAAAAAAAAAAAAAGAUAUACAUACUUCACACGUGAGUGGGUCACUGUUGUAGGUGAGAAGUUGGGAAGGUAGUUGAAGGGAAAUUUAAUGUAUAUCUGUAACCAACGAUAAACCAUUGUUAAUGAAAAAAAUGUUUCCGAAUAGUGUACAGUUGAUAGUGUUGCUAUACAUAACAAUAUAUAUUUCAUAUUAUGGUAAAAUAAUUACUUAGACAUUAAAUAUUUUCUUUUAUAACAUUUGUUUAUAUUGUACUUAUUUUUAUAUUUACCGUUUUUCCAUAUUUUUUUCAUUUAUUGGGAAAAUCAAAAAAUGACCAACUUAAGUACCUCCCUAGUCACAUUUCCUUUUAAAAAAAGUAGUAUCAUAAAUCUGAGCAAAAUUACUGGUAAAAAUUUGUUCAUGGAGGAAAAAUGGCUGUAAUAUUUUUUUCAACUAAUACUUACAUUUUAUAAAUUUUCCCGUUUUUCCCAUUUAUCGGGAAAACUCUUGGAAAAAUAAUCUUCUUAAAGUACCUCUCCAGUCUGAUUUUUUUUCAGAAAAAGUGCUACACUUGUAAAUUGGAGCAAGAUUUAUGAUAUAAAAGUUAUUCAUAGAAAAAAAAAAUAAUAAUAAUAAACAUUAUUGUAAAACCAUAAGAUUCUUCGCUUCACUCAGAAUCUAAAAUUGUAUUGUUUAAUUUAUAUUUAAAUUUAUAUAUGACAUGAACUUUUAGUUUAUAUUGAACUAUUCGCCUUCUUUAAUACUAUGUAUAUGACCAUAACACUGUUUACUUCUUAUUAUAGGAAUAUGCUAUGGAACGUCUCAAGUCUUAUUUCAAGCUUAAAGAAAGUUUAGUAAACAAUAAUUAGAACGAAACAAGGAAAAACUCAUGAGUACUUAAAAAGAAAUAUGUUAAUUGUAGACCAAUAUGAUUCAAUAUUCUGGUGAAGACUGAUUUAUAUUUCAAACGUUUGGUCCUUAAUUUUAUUAGUCUGAUUAUUUUGGCUUUUUCACUCAACACAAUUUUAUGAAGUGUUCUUAUCUGUAAGCUUCAACUAAAUUAUUUAUUAAUUUAUAAGUUAUAUUAAAAUGAUAACAAAAACUUAAUACUAUUUUCUUUUUAAUUUCAAGAAUUUAAUGUUUUGACUAAUAAUAAAAAUUGGAUUAUUUUCUUAUUGUUUUUCUUAAAAAUCAAAACAAUAUAUUUUUAUCCUGGUGCUAAGUACUCAUAUUAUAAUGAUAAUUUUAAGUUACAAACUUUGUAUUAUUUAAAAACAAACGAAGUUAUAAAAUGUGCAAUAAUUCUGAUUUAACCACUUAAAUGUGAAUAUUGUACUUAAAACAAAAUAUGUUAUAACUGUAAUGUUCAUCCUUUACUUUUUAUAUAAUGCUAUUGUGUGUCCUAUUAGCUGUUAUGUGUAAUUGAAAUGUGAUUUACUUUUUUUAAUUUCUAGACUUUUUAUAGUGUAUUUGUGUCUGUCCAUGUCUCUAGACAUUUUUGAUUAUAUUUUGUUUAGGUACAUUUUCUUGUAGUAUUUAUAUGUUAGUAAGUCAUAUUUAUUACUUUAGUUAUGAAAAAACCAAAAAUUAUGUUAUUUUUAAGAAAUUAUUAUUUGGUUUAUAAAAUUAUUACUGAUGGAUAUUACAUUUUAUUGUAUAAAGUAAAAAUAGUACAAAAAUAAAUAUACAUACAUAUCAAAAUUAUUGUAAAUUUUUUUUUGUAAUUACAAAAUUUUAAAAUUUAAUGCACUAAGUUUCUUAAUUUUAGCAUAAUUAACCAAUUUUACUGGUAUUGGACUGUUGCACUUGAAGAUUUGUAACUAUUUAAUUAAAAACUAUUUAAUAUAUGAGUCAAAUCAUUUUAUUUGUACAAUAGGAUAAUAAUGAAAUAUAUAUGAUAUUUGUACACCUA